UGCCCAGUGGGUAUCUUAUCCGCAUUUAUCAGGGUGAAGCUCAAAGCAAGAGAGACAGUGGGAGAGAGAAUGGCGAUACAGAUAGUCUCUGCUUCGUCGUCUUCGUUGGUGUUGUCUUCGUCUUCUUCUUCUUCAAGACCACUCCCAUUCACUUCUUCUCUCAGCAACUCUAAAACCCCAUUUGUUGGUUUCUCAAUCGCACCUUGCUUUCCUACAAUCUCCACCCCCAGGUUUCCUCUUGCUGAUAACAAAGGGAGAAGUAGCUUCCGGGUUCAUUCUUCUAAGGAUAUCCCUCAUAUUCCCCUUGACCAACGAUGGAUGUUCGAGCAAUCUGAAGUCGACGGCCCUGACAUUUGGAAUAAAACAUGGUAUCCAAAAGCUGCAGAUCAUGUGAACACGGAUAAGCCAUGGUUUAUUGUUGAUGCCACAGACAAGAUUCUUGGAAGGUUGGCAUCCACAAUUGCCAUUUAUAUCCGUGGGAAGAAUUUGGCAACAUAUACACCAAGUGUGGACAUGGGGGCAUUUGUCAUUGUGGUGAAUGCAGAAAAAGUUGCUGUAUCUGGCAAGAAAAGAACCCAAAAGCUCUAUAGGAGGCAUUCAGGACGACCAGGUGGUAUGAAAGUGGAAACUUUUGACCAGUUACAACAAAGAAUCCCUGAAAGAAUUAUUGAACAUGCUGUUCGUGGUAUGCUUCCCAAAGGAAGGCUUGGCAGAGCACUCUUUAACCACUUAAAGGUUUACAAGGGCCCAGAUCAUCCUCAUGAGGCUCAGAAGCCCAUUGACUUGCCAAUAAGGGACAAAAGAAUAAAGAAGGAAAGAUAAAGCAGCAAAUGCAGCACAAAAUUUGUUGAGGAGACUGUCCUUAGACCAUGGUUACAAGACCAUCAUAGUUUUUGGUUUCUAGGGUUCUGAUUUUCAUGUUUCAGCUUAUUGGCGUGGAAGCCUGUUGUUUUAUUCUCUGUGUUUUUGUUUAUAGAUGUCCUUUCUGUAAUUUUUGUAUCAAUCUAGUUCUUUCCCUUCAUGGUAUGGUGUUGAAAUCUGAUGAAGAAGUUUAUUUUGUAGGUUUCAAUUGCUUAACAUGGAAUAUGCAAUCAGUGUUACACCAUGAUUGACAUUUGACAUGUAUUUUAUAAAAAUUAUUUUAUAUCAAUACAUGUAUUCCACUA